GGACACCACAGGGCGGUAACCAGACCAGGAGUGCUGAAGUGUCCUUCUACCGCUACAAUUUUAUUAAAAUUCCGACGGUUUUUGGCAAAAUGAACAAGCUGGUUCUCCUGACGCUGAUGCUAUGUGGCAUCCACGCGGCUUCCGCAGCCUCUCACUCUCUGAAGUACUUCUACACUGCUGUCACAGCCGAUAUUGACUUCCCAGAGUUCACUGCUUUGGGUUUGGUGGAUGAUGAGCCCAUCCUACACUAUGACAGCAACAUGAGGAGGGCGAUCCCCAAGACUGAGUGGAUGAAGCAGAAUGAGGGAGCAGGUUACUGGGAUGGACAGACUCAGGGUCUGAUUGGUACUCAGCAGAACUUCAAAGCCAAUAUUGGAAUUGCAAUGCAGCGUUUCAACCAGACUCAGGGUGUGCACACAUUCCAGAACAUGUACGGCUGUGAGUGGGAUGAUGAGACUGGGGCCACAGGAGGGUUUGAUCAGUUUGGAUACGACGGGGAAGACUUAGUUAAUUUGGACCUGAAAAACCUGCGUUACAUUGCACCGGCGCAGCGGGGAUUUAUCACUGUACAGAAAUGGAAUAAUAACCCAGCUUGGCUUGAGAAUAACAAGCAGUACCUGACCCAGGAGUGCGUUGCGUGGCUGAAGAAGUACGUGAGCUACGGGAGGAGCGCUCUGGAGAGGACAGUUGCUCCUGAGGUAUCUCUGCUGCAGGAGGACUCCUCCUCUCCUGUUACCUGUCAUGUGACCGGAUUCUACCCCCGUGGCGUCAUGGUAACCUGGCAGAGAAACGGAGAUGACCUGAAUGAGGACGUAGAGCUGGGGGAGACGGUGCCCAACGAGGACGGAACAUUCCAGACCAGAUCUCACCUGAGAGUGAAGCCUGAGGACUGGAAGAGCCAAAAGUACACCUGUACUGUACAGCACAAGAGCCUGAAACAGGACAUCGUUCUGUCUGUCAAAGAGGAGAACAUCAAGAGGAACAGCGAUAUCAAGAACGGCAGCAGCCCCCCCAUGGGCAUCAUCAUCGGCUGUGUGGUGGGCGCUCUCAUCCUCAUCCUCGCCGUCAUCGGUGUCCUCAUUUGGAAGAAGAGAAGCUCAGGCUACAAGACGACCAACACCUCUGACACAGGUUCUGAGGGCUCUGACCAGCCUACAGUAAAAGCCUGAGAUCUCAGUGAAGACUGUGUAAUGCACAGAGAGGAGCUGGAGGAGAGCUACAGCAAGAGGAUCCCACACACGCACAAACACA